UUCAAUCUACAAACUAAGCUUCUUUCUCCUGAUUUUUUUUAGCAAAAUGGCCAAUGCUAAGCUUCUUUCUCUGCUUUUAGCUUUCCUUCUCAUUUCCAUGCUUGCAACUGAGGCUCUCGCAAGGCAUUAUCAGUAUGGAAAUGGGAGUUUGAAGCCUUAUCAAUGCCAAGGAAGGUGUACACAAAGGUGCUCAAAGGCUAGAAAAACACAUGAAUGUAUGUUCUUUUGCUUAAAAUGUUGCGCAAAAUGUUUGUGUGUACCACCAGGUACUUACGGCAACAAACAACUUUGCCCUUGCUACAAUAACUGGAAGACCAAGAGAGGUGGCCCUAAAUGCCCUUAAUUCAACCAUGCCUUUCUUAAUUAUGUCCUAAUUAAGGCUAAUGUUUGCCUAACUCUACUACCCAUGGAGUAUUUUUCUUACUUGUGGAUGGUACUAAUAUUUUAGUACUUAUACUAGAUAUAUGUAUGUGUGCCCAAGAUUUAUUUCAUUUAUCAACUAUGUAUUACUUUUUUAUUUCAUUGGCUAACUAUCCCAUUGCUCCAUUGUGGGGUCUAGCUAGGAUUGUAAACCCCAUAUUAGAGAGCAUAAUUGGGUAAAGUUUAAUGGUCAUUUAUGAUUUGUAUGCAAACAAC